GUAGCCUGGUCCCUGGACACGCCCUCAUUAGUCUCAGUUCCCACCAAAGCCUAUGGUGUUUCCUGUGCCUUGCCCGUUAUUUCACAAGCUAUUUCUUGCUUGAAGUUUCGGGGGAGAGGUCUUUAUCUUCUCCCAGAAGCCACGCAGCUAGAUACAGUUCCUCCUGGCCAGCACCAUGGCCAAGACUCCUGGUGACCAUCUGCUAAACACCCUGGAGGAGCUGCUGCCCUAUGACUUCGAGAAGUUCAAGUUCAAGCUGCAGAACACUAGCCUGGAGAAGGGUCACUCUCGGAUCCCCCGGGGCCAUCUGCAGAUGGCCAGGCCAGUAAAGCUGGCCAAUCUGCUGCUCACCUACUAUGGCGAAAAGUAUGCUGUAAGGCUGACCCUGCAGAUCCUCAGGGCCACUAACCAGCGCCUACUAGCAGAGGAGCUUCGCAAGGCCACAGGACUAGAACAUUUAACAGAAGAAAAUAGGAUUGGUGGUUCUGUCCAGUGUGGAGAGAGUAAUCCCAGGAGUGUAAAAGCACCAGAUGUCCUGGAAGGUGAUGGAUCAGGCAGCCUGACACCCAGCCAGUCUGACGUGGACAAGGGGUUCCAGAAGAAGUCUCUUGUCAAAAAGAGGGAUCAGAGGGGCCCUGAGAGCCUGGACUCACAGACCAAGCCAUGGGCCAGGAGCACAACACCACCCUAUAAAAAAACUGUGAUCAACACCCAGUUCCCAGCAGACAAGGAAGGAGGGGCAAGUGCCCAGCUCCGCAGGAAUUCCAGCUCUGCAGGGAGGCUGCAGGGAUUCUGCAACAAUGUCCCUGGGAGAAGAGAAUGCAAGAAAGCUGAAGCAUAUUUACCUUCAGGAAAGAAGCGACCCAAAAGUCUUGAAAUUACCACUUACUCAAGCGAAGGAGAACCCCCAAAUUCAGAAGCUCUUCUGAGUCCAGAGAAAACAAUGAAUGGAAAUCCACACCCAGCCCCUACUCCCAUGGGAGUAAAUAUCUUGAAUGAGGGGACUGCCGGGGCUCUAGAAAAGGGCUCAGGGAAUCCAGAACCUCCCACGGCCCCCAAUGAAGAAACAUCUAGGAACACGCCUUCCAAAACACCGUUGACUGCAGAUGGCAAACACACUACAUCCUGGAAGGAAAAUGGAACUUGGAGUUCAGAAACCCCUGGGAGCUUAGGGAAGAUGGCUGGUAGCACAUUCUAUGAGUCCUACAAUCCAGAAGAGCCUUUGUCACUAUGUGAAAAACCAGCCCAAAUUCCAGAAGACCCAGCAUUCUUAGCAUCCACAGCUUGUAAAGGAAGGUCACAGGACAAGGCUGCAUGUCCUCUUUGCCACACCCAGGAAGGAGACCUGCAUGGUGGUGCUUGUGUGCAAAGCUCCUGCAGCUGUUCCAUUGCUCCUGGGGAUCCCAAGGCCCCAGGCAGAAGCUUACCCAUAUGCUUCCAGUGCCAAAGUUCACUUGCAGGAAAGAGCUGUGGAGACCAGAGCCCCCAGUCCCUACCACAGUGCCCACGUCACAUGAAGCAGGUACAGCUGCUCUUCUGUGAGGACCACAGGGAGCCCAUAUGCCUCAUCUGCAGGCUGAGUCAGGAGCAUCAAGGCCAUCGAGUGCGUCCCAUAGAGGAAGCUGCACUGGAGUAUAAGGAGCAAAUCCAGAAGCAGCUGGAGCGUCUGAGGGAGCUGAGGGGGUGUGUGGAAGAACACAGACUGCAGGGAGACAAGAAGACAGAGAACUUUCUGAAAGAAACAGAAACCCAGCAGCAGAGGGUUUCAUGUCCACUUGAGAAGCUGUACCAAUUCCUGGAGCAGCAAGAGAAACUCUUUGUGACCUGGCUACAGGAGCUAGGCCAGACCAUUGGCAAGGUCCGAGAGACAUAUGACACCAGGGUUUCCCGUGACAUUGCCCUCCUGGAUGAACUGAUUGGAGAACUGGAGGCCAAGCAAGACCAGCCAGAAUGGAAGCUCAUGCAGGACAUUGGAGUCACGUUGCACAGGGCCAAGAUGGUGACUGUCUCUGAGCCAUCAGCCACUCCUCCAGAUGUCAAGGAAAAGAUACACCUGCUCUACCAGAAGUCAAAGUUUGUGGAGAAGAGUAUGCAGUACUUCUCAGAAACCCUGCGCUCUGAAAUGGAAACAUUCAGUGCUGCGAAUGUAGCAGAAUGGGCCGAGGGUUUGAGUCCCAACACUUACCAGAAAUGGGAUGGUGGAAACACACAGGACUAUGACAUAGUACUUUAUCCAGAGGUGGAAGCUGGAGCUGCAGAGCCUCAGGAAGCUCAAGGCACACCUGAGCUACACGAGACCCUUUCUCAGAACAACAAACGAAAACUUAGAUCUCUCCUGAAAUGGAAACCUUCAUUUUUCCAGAACUGACUGGUGUUCAGGAAUGUGCUGUUUCUGGGGUUCUGACCCAGCAACCGCUCAGCCCAGCCUCAACUUCUCUGACAUGAAGAGUGUGAGAUUUGGAAACAAGUCAUACCUGCUGCCUAAUAGUCCCCAGAGAUUCUAAAGUCACAUCAUCACUCUGGAUACCCCUAGCUUUGACUCCAGCUGUCAUCACUGGGAGGCAGAGUUUGGAGACAAGACAAUGCGGGUCCUGGAAGUAUGCACAGCAUUGGCAAGCAGAAAGGGAACUGUAACUCUGCACGGAAUGGUACUGGGUCACAAUGAUGACAAAGCAAAAGGAAUCCACUUUUCUCCAAACCAGAGACUUCACACAGUGCCCAACACUGUUCCUCCAUUCUGGCCCCUGGCCUCGGAUCUUUCAUUCCUUCACCCAGCAGUCAUUAAUGAGGUAUCAGCUGAUAUGAGAUGUAAUAAAUAAGAAAACAACAUUAGGCUGGGGGGCUGAGGCAGGAUGGUGCCUGUGAGUUUGGGUCUAGCCUAUUGGAUUUCAGGUUACUCUGACUAUGGUCCAGCCUCCAUACAGAAAGAAAGAAAAAAAGAAAAUGAUACUAGUACCUGUACUAGUUAGUAUUCCUGUUGCUGUAAUAAAACUCCCUGGUUUGGGGGUCUGAUUCAUAGUUCAAGGGUUUAGUACAUCAUAGCAAAUCCGCCACGAUGGAAGGAACCUGAGGCAGCUGGUCACGUUGCAUCCACCACCAAAAGGCAGAGUGGCAAACUUUGAAAGCCCAUCUUCCUAUGCAGUCAGUCAGGACACAAAUCCAGGGAACGUUGCCACACACAUUAUAGGGUGGCUCUUCUCACCUCAAUCAACCGACACCAACACGCCUGGAGACUGCCGGAGAGUGAGCCUAAAUCUGUCGGAGCUGACAGCAGUAACCAUCAUAGUGCCAAAGACGCACACCAAAUGCUGGCAGGGGUACUCCCACACUGGUGAUCACAGGUGAAGAUGGCACACACAGCAAUGGCACGCAGUGGCCUUCAGAAGAGGAAGUGCAUGGCUACUGCGUUAUCCUGCAUGAAGCAGUACUCUCAGAUGUUCUUCAAACGCAAGGUUCCACUGCACUUUCCCUCUCAGGGUAUGUCCUGUCUGCCCUGGUCCGGGGGAUAUAAAACCUACAGAAAAUAAAGGUGUCCCAAGAGGAGCACACACUCUCUUUUGUUCUCACUCUUUUUUUUUCCUUUCUGGUUUUUGGAGACAGGGUUUCUCUGUGUAGCCCUGGCUGUCCUGGAACUCACUCUGUAGACCAGGCUGACCUCAAGCUCACGGAGAUGUACCUGCCUCUGCUGGGAUAAAGGUGUGCGCCACCAUUUCCCAGCUUCUUAAAGAAGUACAUCUCUGGGUUUUGAAGGUGAUGCCCUAAAGGUACCACCAUAUUGUCUCUCCAUAUGAUGUACCUCCAAGACUCUCCUUCCAUCUGGAGCCCCAGUCAUGGCCUUGAGACCCUUAUAUUCUAACCAAUCUCAUACCUGAAGGGAAUUUUGUAUCAGCUUCCUUUCAGGCAGACUGCUGCUAUUCUUAGCAUUAUAAAAUACUGUUUUGUAAUUUGCCUUUUAAUUUAUUCUAUUUAUUGGUUGUAUUGUACUACAUUAACAUAUAAUGAUUUAACCACAGCUUUGAAGGUAGGCUGUACAUAAUUUACCGGGUAACAAUGUUACUUUUGUAUCUAUGCAUGAAUGCAUAUGGUGUGUGCCUGUCUGCAUGAUGGUUAUACAUGUCUGUGCAAAUGUGCGUGUAUAUGGCACACGGAGAGCAGAGAUCGACCUCAGACCAUUCUCAGCUGCCAUCCUUUUUUGUUUUUUGUUUUUUUGCACAGGGUCUCUCCCUGGCUUGAAACUGGCUAAGUAGAGUAGGAUGACUGGCCUGCAAGCCCCAGGGGAUCCCCCAGUCUCCGCCUCCCCAGCAUUGUGAUGAUGUCUGCCUUUUUAAAACAGCAACAACAACACACACACACACGUUUUCUACUGUUCACUCACUUAAAUUUUGUAUAGUAAACUUUUUUGUGUAAGCAGAUACCUUUCAAAAAUUUUGUUGCCGGUUUUCAUACUCUUUAUUUUAAGCCAUAGUCAACUGGGUUGGCGAUUACUAGUGUUGACAUGCUUACAAAGAAAAAGUUCAGCAUCAUACUGGAGGCUGUCAUUUCAUUCGUUUAGGCAUGGGGUGUGACAGUCAGCCCUACCUAAUGGUGUUGUGUUUUUUGUUUGUUUUUUUGCCAAGAACUGACCUGCUCUAUCUCAGUCAUUGGAGUGCUCAGACUUGAAUAAUAAUUUACACAGGUCCCCUGUGAUGACUAAAAAAACUUAAUAUGGAGCAUCCCUUAAGGGCCGUUGACUUUUUGCUUUGGGAUGCCUGGGAGAUCCUAGUGGCCUGCAGGUGAGGUAAGAAUAGGAUAAUGGACUGUGAGGUAUUAACUUUGCUUCUGUAAAUCCUGCUAAUCGCUAUGGGAAAGUGACAGGAUAGGCUCUUCAUCGCAAUAGAGGGGGAAAGAAACAACUGAGGAAUGUAAUUGUCCUGCCCAGCUGUGGUUCCAUGGACAGUUGUAAUGCAUACCUUUAUGAUGUCUCCUUAAAACCCCGCUGUAAUCUCCCUUCCACAUGUAAUGAGUGCUCUUUGGCUCUAUGUUCGUGUCCUUCUGCUAGCAUUAAGAAUAAACUUAUUUAAUCUAAA